UGCAAGGUUGAGCUAAGAGUGAGUACUGUGUGUGUGGUGAAGAAAGGAAAGGAUUAGGGGUGGAGAGAGAGAGAGAGAGAGAGGAAGAGAGAAAUGCGGGUGAGAGAGCAGUGCUGCCUAUAAAGUAAGAAAUGACACAAGCAUCUCAAGGACAUCAGCAGCACAAUGCCCACAGAACACAGGAAUCACCGCUCUCUGAACGGUCAGUGUAAAGGAUCUCCUAAAAGACAGUCAUCAGACGUUGUUUAUGUAGUUGGAGGAUGGAGUAAGGACAACCCUUCGUGUCAAGUGGAGCAGUUCUGCAGUCAGAAUAAUGAGUGGAAGAUGACCAAGCCCAUGCUUCGCCCCCGCAAAGACGUUGGUGUGUGUGCGAUGGGUGGGCUCAUUUACAUAGUGGGCGGAGCUGAUGACUUCACCUGCGUAACCAGUGUGGAUAGGUAUGAUCCUGAGCGUAAUUCAUGGUGUGGUGACGUGGCCCCCCUCACCUCAGCCCGCUCCAGAGUGUGUGUGCUGGAGAUGGAUGGCUUUCUCGUCACACUGGGGGGUUACGAUGGGACCGCCUGCACAAAUGCUGUAGAAAGGUAUGAUCCUGAAGGGAACUGUUGGAGUAAGUUAGCUCCGAUGCUAAGGAGGCGUGCUGGAGCGGCGGCCGCUGUGCUGGAUGGACACAUUUAUGUAGUGGGGGGAAAUGAUGGAGAUACAUCCCUUGACUCAGUGGAGAGGUUCGGUGCUAUAGAGGGGGUCUGGUCCCUGUGCCCCCCCAUGCUGAGUGUAAGGGAGGGUGCAGGGUGCUGUGUGUAUUUGGGAUGUGUGUAUGUUGCGGGUGGGAGAGAUGAGUUUGGGCUGCCUCUCUGCACUGUGGAGAAAUAUGAUCCGCACACGGGCCGCUGGAGUCCAGCCAGGGCCAUGAGGAACAAAAGAUAUCAGGUAUCUCUGGUGGUGUUUGAUGGACUCCUGCUGGCUAUUGGAGGAUCUGAUGGAGUCAGUGACUUGAAGACUAUGGAGGCCUACGACCCUGAAGCCAAUUCCUGGAGGCACUUUGGCAGUAUGAAGUCCAAACACCCUGGUGGUCACGUUGCACUUGUCAAGGCUUUGUAAGAAUAGUGUCACAGACUGCAUCAGUCACAUGUGCUAAAUAAAAACAUUGUAGAACUAUUGUUUUCAAAUUCAGUAUAUAGAAUCUAGGCAAUAAUUUUGGAAUGUAGCAAAGCAGAAUAUUUACUAAAUAAAUGUGAAAAGUACCCCUG